AAUCCCUCGAUCGGGGCGAAACAUGUCCAAGCCGGGGGAGAGAAACAAAUUGUGCGAGGACCAUGGCAGAAAGCAGAGUUCAACGCUGGCCAACGGCACGGACAGUCACCCUGGCUCGGCGGAGAAGCGCAGUCACCACUGGAGAAGUUUCAAGUUGAUCAUCGACCCGGCGCUCAAGAAGGGAUCGCACAAGCUGUUUCGCUACGAUGGACACGCUUUCAACAUGCCCAACCCCGGGAUGCCACCGGUGGACAGCGUCCGAGACCCGAGGAUCGGUCGCCUGUGGACCAAAUACAAAGAAAUGGAUCUGCCGGUGCCUAAGUUUAAGAUCGACGAGUAUUACAUUGGCCCCGUGCCGCCAAAGGAGGUGACGUUCGCCCGCUUGAAUGACAACAUCCGCGAGGGCUUCCUGACGGACAUGUGCAAAAAGUUUGGUGACAUCGAGGAGGUGGAGAUCCUGUACAGCCCCAAGAACAAGAAGCACCUGGGCAUCGCCAAAGUGGUCUUCGAGAGCGUCAAAGCCGCAAAGGUGGCCGUGCAGAUGCUGCACAACACGUCCGUGAUGGGAAACAUCAUCCACGUGGAGCUGGACCCCAAAGGUGAGAAUCGCCUUAGGUACUUCCAGCUCCUGAUGAAUGGAAGCUACACGCCGCUGACGGUGCCGGUCGGCGGAGAGGAAGCGAGAGAAGUUUCCCCUCGCAGCCUGGCUGAAGCCUUACUGGCGUGCGAGCCCAUCCGCAGGUUGUCUGAGAGCAGCUUGUCGGCCGUGGCGGAAUCGGUGCCGCCCGGCAGUAGCACCUCUACCACGCCGCUGUCCCUGGAGACCGGCUACUCCAGCCUGAGGCAGGACACCCCUCAGUCCCAGGGGACGCCACGCCAAGGGGGCACCCCUUUCUCCCAAGACUCCAGCUACUCCAGUCGCCAGUCUACACCCGCGUACCAGUCCGGCCGGGCGGAGAGUUCCGGUGGUUACAAGUCGCGGAGACACGAGAGCAAGUUCCAGGAUGCGUACAAUCGCAGACCGGAGAGGCCUCAGUACCGCAGCAACAUGUACCGGAGUACGACGUCUGAGCAAGCGCCCUUUAAGCAGCACCGCCUCACCCCGCCUGAACCCCCACCUACGCCUCCCUCUUUCACCUACACGGCACCUCCCCCCACUACGCCCAACUUCAAGUCGGGUUUCUCGCCCUACCAAGCUCCCUUGCCUCCUGCGUUCCCCCCGUCGGACGCCACGUUUCAUCACCCGUCCCAAAGAGAGGGCGAGUACCAGCGACCCCCUCAGCCACCCCUGGCAGCACCCACUGACUUUUUGCCCUUGAAGGACAGACCGGAAACCCCUCCCAUCCCAGAGCCCCCGCCGGAACCGGGACCCCAUCCCAGCACACCACCUCCCCUGAUGCCCGAGCACUGCCCGUCGCCCGGCUCGCCCGCCGCCGAUACCGAGCGCAAUAGCCUGGACUCGCGCAUCGAGAUGCUCCUUAAGGAGAAAAGGACUAAACUGCCCUUCCUGGCGGAGCGAGACUCGGACACUGAGGUGCGAAUGGAGGGGAGUCCCAUCUCCUCCUCGUCCUCGCAGCUUUCCCCCAUACCGCCGUACAUGGGUGGCGGCGCGCAUAACUCCCGACCCUGUAGCACAGGCUUGGAGGACAUCAGUCCCACGCCGCUGCCGGAUUCGGACUCUGACGACGAGCCCCUCCACGGAACCCCCUCGCUGGUCAAGAGGAUCGGCUCACCCCUCGACCACGAGAGCAACAGCGAAGUCAGAGAGGAACAUCCCAGAGGACACACGGAAACGGUGAAAAUGGAGAUGAGUCAUCAGUCUUCCGGAGAAGACAUGGAGAUCUCUGACGACGAGAUGCCCGGCACGCCAAUCACCGGCGGCGACUGUAGCAAAGGCAUCGUGGUCAACUCUGCCGUGUCCCCCAUCCAGACCCUCACCCUCCCCCUGCCGGGCUUCUCCCACCUGGCCCACCAGGCCGGCUUCGCCAUGCCCCACCACCACCUCGCCGCCGUGCCGGGGCAUCCGGCUCAUCUCGCCGCCCAUCCGGCCGUGCACCCGCACCUGCUGCCCCACAUGGCUCACUACGCGCCUGGCAUGAUCCCGCUGGUCCAAAUGGAUCUGAUGAACUGUUUGCGUUGGGAACAGUGGAGCACGGUUCCCAUGUCCUUCCAGAUGCAGCAGCAAAUGCUGAGUCGUAUGGCCCAGACGGGGGGGCCCUAUCCUUACCCUCAUUUCGUAGACAACGCCGCGUCAGCCCCGUUUGCCACACCGUACCAACAUCUAUCCAUGGGUGCCGCACAUGCCAGCGGUUCGGGGGCGCCGGGACAACAAUGGCAGCAUCCCAGCAUGCCCAAGUUCAACCCAAGUGUUCCUCCACCGGGAUAUGAGACGAAAAAGGAGGACCCCCACAAGGCCACCAUUGAAGGAGUGCUGCAAGUCAUUGUCAAAGAACUGAAGGCCAUCAUGAAGAGGGACCUCAAUCGCAAAAUGGUGGAGGUGGUGGCUUUCAGGGCAUUUGAUGACUGGUGGGAGAAGAAGGAACGCUCGGCAAAGGCAUCCUUGACUCCAAUCAAAGGUGCGGAAGGGAAGGAAGAAGAGCGACCUAAACCUAAAGAGACCAUCGGUUCGAGUCUGCUGGAGAACUGGAACAAGGGCGAGGGGCUGGGCUACGAGGGGAUGGGUCUAGGAAUCGGCCUGCGGGGAGCCAUCCGCUUGCCGUCCUUCAAGGUGAAAAGAAAGGACCCACCUGAGGCCAUCUCUGCGGGGGAGAACAAACGAGCACGACCCGCCACUCCAGUGGAUGAUGAGCUGGAGGAUGAAGACCGCGAUCAAGACCCAGCGGAGCUCCCCUCGGACGACUCCAAAAUGGACGGCGACGGCAUUUCGACCAAGCGGAGACACUCUCGGCCGCUUGACCUGGACAGCGAGGGCGAGGAGGAGGUGGACACUUCGGGGAAAGAGGAGUCGCUGGGUGACCGAGAGGAGGAACCCGACGACACGGCGCCCAUCGACAGGCGGUCGCCGAGCAAAAGCGGUGAUGAGGAAGCGGACAGAGACUCGUCCAGUGAGAGCGGAUCCUCAGAUUCCUCCGACGAUGAAUCGGAGACUUCCUCGUCGUCCAAGAGCAGCUCGGACUCGUCGUCGGCCGGCUCCGAGUCCUUGGAGUACGAGUUGAGCUCGGAAGAGGAGGUGUCCGAGGUGGAGGCGGAAGACGAGGAUGCGGGCAAAGCCGCCAAGACCUCCUCGUCCUCUUCGUCGUCUUCAUCUUCGUCCUCUGAUGAAGAGGGAGAGGCUGAUGCCAAGCCGCCCAGUCCUCCUGCUGCAGGCUCCAUCGUGGACACUUCGGAGGAGCUGAGCAGCAAACCUAAACUCAGACCUCCGAGUCCUGAGGACGAGCUCACGGAGGAUGUGAAGUCACCGUCGCCUAAAGUUCUCCCAGUCAAAGAGGAAGAUGAAAGUCGCACCGUGAAGGCGGAACCUCGGGAGAACCUGCGGCCGGCCACGCCGACGGGCGCCCUGCCUUCCGACAGUGACCAGGAGAGCAAAGCCAAAGUAGAAGGUCGCUCCCUCCUCCGCCCGCCCUCGGACCUCCCUCAGCGGGCACGCCUGCCCACGGACGAGGACGUUCCUAGGACGCCCGGCCGAGACCUGAUGGAGCGAGCCCGGAGUCUGGGCAAGUCCCAGAGCACGGACACGGUGCCCAACACCCCAGGUAGUGACGCCCCGCUAACGGGGAGCAGCCUGACGCUCAGCUCCCCACACAUUCCCGGUAGUCCUUUCUCUUACCCUGCUCAGUCUCCUGUCCUUAGCGCCGGAGUCCCUCGCACUCCGGGGCGGGACUUAACCUUCACUCCUGUCUUCCCUGACCCCUCCGCACUUAAUCGCAAGAUCUCCUCCGAGAGCCUGGACGAUCGUCCUGUGUUUAAGGAGCCGCCCGUCGGCGCCUUACCUAACCCAGCCUCGUCAACAGGUACGGAGCGUCCGGCCGGCCUGGCCGGCGAUAUCGCCGCCGGCUUCCCGGAGGAGGAUUCCGACGUAUCGGACGGCAUGCCGUCAAAACGCAAACCCGGACGCCCCAAAGGGAAGAAGAUCCCCAUCGUCUCCGAAUCUUCCGAGCCGUCGCCUGAAUCGACUCCUUUGCGAGAUGUCGCCGUGCGGAAAAUUUCCACCGGGUCCCCCGAUGGCCUGAGCCCCGACUUCAGGGAAGAGGAACCUCAGACGGCGCUGCCCGAAGCGGAACACCGCUUCCCGUUCUACGAAGAGGACGCCCCCGUGGCUGUAAAACCCGCGCGGCGGGCGCGGCGAGGCUGGGAGGAGCUUCUGCUGGACAGCCUGUCCCCCGUCACCUCGCCGCCUCGCUCCUACUUCUCCAGACGGAGCGACUUUGAGGAGAUGACCAUCUUGUACGACAUCUGGAACGAGGGCAUAGACGAGGAGGACAUCCGGCUCCUGCAGGUCACGUACGACAAGAUGCUGCAGCAGGACAACGGCAACGACUGGCUCAACGACACGCUCUGGGUUAAUCACCCUCAAACCAACAUCCCGCGGGUGAAGAAGAGGAGGCGAGACGACGGCAUGAGGGAUCACAUGACCGGCUGUGCCAGAAGCGAAGGCUACUACAAGAUUGACAAGAAGGACAAGAUCAAGUACCUGCAGAGCACACGGCUGCAGUCGGAGGAGCCGCCCAUUGACACUCAGGGGAUGAGUAUUCCUGCCCAAGUCCACGCCUCCACCAGGGCGGGUUCGGAGCGGCGGUCCGAGCAGCGGCGCUUGUUGUCGUCGUUUGCGUGCGACAGCGACCUGUUGAAGUUCAACCAGCUCAAGUUCCGUAAGAAAAAGAUCCGAUUCUGCAAGUCGCACAUCCACGACUGGGGUCUGUUCGCUUUGGAGCCCAUCGCUGCUGACGAGAUGGUCAUCGAGUACGUGGGACAAAACAUCAGACAGGUGAUCGCGGACAUGCGUGAGAAGCGCUACGAGGAGGAGGGCAUCGGUAGCAGCUACAUGUUCCGCGUGGACCACGACACCAUCAUUGACGCCACCAAGUGCGGAAACUUUGCGCGCUUCAUCAACCACAGCUGCAACCCUAACUGUUACGCCAAGGUGAUCACGGUUGAGUCGCAGAAGAAGAUCGUCAUCUACUCCCGGCAGCCCAUCAACGUCAACGAGGAGAUCACGUACGACUACAAGUUCCCCAUCGAGGACGAGAAGAUCCCCUGCUUGUGCGGGGCCGAGAACUGCCGGGGGACGCUCAACUGAGGGAAAACCACCAACGUUGAUUGUUUACGAUUUAUGGUGCUGUUCCAUCCAUGUGACUUUUCCGCUUUCGGUCUCCCGCGAGUCUUCCUCCUUGCAACUCGGCUUCUUCUUGCUUGCUCGCAAAAAUCCACCAGGGGCAAAAUUAAUUGCGCUGCUCACAAAAAGUUCCGAAUGACCUCUGCCAAGGCAUACCAAUGCAAGUUGGGAUCAGGACACGAAUUAACACUUUUGCCUUUGGGAUGAUAACGGAUUACAAACAACCAAAUUCAACCCGAGUUAUGAUAGUAACAAACAAAUGGGGCUAAUUUCAAAAGGACAGCCACAUUUUGUGUCACAUUAGUUUAUGCAACGACAAAAGGUGACAAGACUUUUGGCAUAACAAUGGUUUAUGUGAGAGGGUAUUGUCCUCUUCAAUAGUAUUUGUUUGGAUCUGGGGUCGGGAACCAACAGCCCACAAGAGCAUUAAUAAUUCUAAAAAGAAGUAAAAUCACAGAGAAACUGUUGUAACCCCCAUUUGCUCAUAACAUAAUCUUUUUAUUUUUUACUUUCAUGGAUUUUUAUUUAGGACUUUCAGUGAUCACUGCACAAAACUAAAGAAUCAUGCAGAAAAUAACUUAAAGGCUCCACUUUAAGCUUCUGUACAUCAUUUAUUAAUUCAUUUGACUCAUUUGAGGUAUCGGCAAGCUUCGCAUCACGUUAUUCUGUCAGUGUUCAAAUGGUUCCUAAAAUAGCAAAAAAACAAAAAUGUUGAAUGCACUUCCGCUUUGCCAGGAAUACGACGUCUCAUUGGCUCGGUGUCACAAUACCGGAGACUUGUUUUCUGUUUAUGUUGUAAACUUGUACAAAAAAAAUCUGCAACCUUUUUUAUACGUCAUCACGGGGUCUCAAUUUUAAGAUGUUUUCUAGGGAAAAAAAGACUGAAUAUUAAAAAAAAAAAAAAAGUAUUAUCAGGGAUCUUUAAAAGGAAUGACAAGCUGUUUAUUUAAAAAGAAACGAAGGUCCACUGUGUACAGGAAGUCACCUUCCAUCUCCCCUUUUUGGAAAGAUUGUUUCUUGUGGAAACGUCUUCAUUCCUCUCGUUCGUCUCAAACGUGUAGAUAAGCUAACUGUGAAUAUUAUUAUAUAAAUAUAUAUUUUUUUGUUCCCCGAGGAUUUGCUACACCAUCAGAGCUCCAAGAGCUGUGUAACAUAUGAUGCGAGCGGUGAGCUUGUAGCACCACAUUUCAGCUUGUGUCAAGCUUUGGGUUUCUUUUUAUUAAUUUUUUUUGGGUUGUAAAUUCUAUUAGAAGUUGUUUUGUGGUGUGGCGAAAGACAGGAAGAAAAAAAAGUGCUGAAUCAGCGUAGGAUGAGGACUGAACAAUCAGCCUCCUCCUAAUGUCUAUUUAUUACAUGACAAAUGUAUGAACAUGUUUGAAAAAAAUGGAAAUAAAGCAAUUUUGCAUACAUCCAUAAA